AUGUUCUCAUAUUUUGGACAUUUGUUUCUUACAACAUUGUACGCUUAUUUUGGGCUUACUUGUCGUUUUAUCAGAAACGCUCCAGGGAUUAGACAUUGCAUCGAUCUUGUCAAUAGUAUAUUGUUGGCAGCGCUUAGAACUGGACCGCUUCCGAAACAUGUGGCAUUUAUCAUGGAUGGUAAUAGGAGAUUUGCUAAACAUAAGAAAAUUCCCGUAGAAGGAGGACAUUCUGUUGGAGCAGCCAGAUUAGUGAAAAUUCUAACUGCAUGUUAUAAUUUGAAAAUCAAAGAGGUUUCGGUGUAUGCGUUUUCAAUUGAGAAUUUCAAUCGGUCAGAAGAAGAAGUGAAAAAUUUGUUUAAUUUGUUAAGGGACAGGUUGACUACCGUUACCUCCGAUGAUAAUCAAUCUGCUUUGGAUAUGGGCCAGAUUAAAAUCAGGGUGAUUGGAAACAAGUCAAUGAUUCCUGAAGAUAUUUUGAAAGACUUGGAAGAAAUUGAGGAAAAAAAGAAGCAUUAUACAGGCGGCAUAUUAAAUAUUUGUGCCCCGUACACUUCUAGAGAUGAGAUAUGCUAUUCUUUGCAACAAAUCACCAGCGAUGCAUCCGAUGGUAAUAUCGAAAACGUUGCUGUCAUUGACAGUGACUAUGUCAGGGAUCGCUUUUAUUAUGGUCCUGAUUCCGCUCAUGUGGAUUUGUUGGUCAGAACCAGCGGGGUCACAAGACUUAGCGAUUAUUUGUUGUGGCAAUGUAAUGAAAAUUCUACCAUUCAUUUUACCGGAACCUUGUGGCCGGAUUUCACCAGUAUUGAACUCCUCAGAAUUUUGGUUGAUUGGUCUUUCAACAGGUUUUUGAAUCUAGAUGAUCCGGAAUCAAGCCAGAUUUUCAAGAGUGUUCCUUUAGACACCCUCCAGAAGCCACCACCUCUUGCUACCGUGACUAAGAAUUGA